CAUUUCAGAGGUGACAUUCAAAGUAGGAGGUUCACUCAUGAGCUGCUCAGCUGCAUUUUCUCACAUGACUCACUCAAUAACUCCUCUAAUGAGACUACACUUUCACCUGUCUGUGCUGCAGGAGCAAGUCACACACGUAUACUGUUUAUAUGUAUAUGUGUAUAUAUAUAUAUAUAUAUAUAUAUCCCCAUGCUUUGAUCCCUCUCAUCAGUCUCAACCAUCUCACUAUCUUCACGCCAGUCCUACUACCUCUUUUUUUUCUAGAAUCUUAAAUCUCAGCUUAGUUCCUCAACAAUCUCGUCACUCUUUAAUUGAAGGGAUCACAUAAUUUAUCUCUUAGCCAAAGAUUGUCAUCCUUUUCUUUCUUUCUUUCCUUUUUAAAUAACUGCAUGUCUUGCUGCAGUCUCGUCGUAUCCUAAAUGUAUAGUCGAAGCUGGGGGACUAAUCUUUCCAGCUGUUAGUAAGCUACAGUUUCUCGUACUUGUUGUGAUAAAGUAAUUUAAAGUUAAUUCCAGGGUUGACUUGGAGCCGGGGUUUUCAAAGUCUGUCAUCCCCCCUAACAAUGGAGGUACAGAUGACUGUCACUGGAUUACUUUGAUACCUAAAAAAACAUAAAUAUGCAAUGAUUAACAAGCGAGUUCUGGAGUUUCAAGGAGCAUCUGUUUUCUAAAACUUCUAAGUUUAUUUAUGAACAUUUAUCUUAUGGUUUUAAAGUGCCUAAAUUGCCUCCAUGAGCUGUGUGUCACAGCCACUGCUGGACUUAUAAUCAGGCCAAACUACCAUGACUGACGUCCUGUUGUUUUUAGGACACCAGCAUACACCUGUAUCUUUGUCCCCGCCCCCUCUUGUCAGUGAUGCUGUGCAAGAGUUUCUAGCUGAAAUGCAUCAUUUCUGUCAAUAACCAUCAAGCAAGGGGCGAGCAUCCAAGCAUAAAUCAACCCCCCUCCCUCUCUCGCUCUCUCUUUCCCUUGCACUGAUUACGCUCCUUCUCGCUCUCGCGUUGGUCGCUUUGUUGUGGCUGCUUUGCUGAGAGGACGCAGCAGCAGCCACCGUUCAGUCGAAUAGAGCCAGGGGAGAGGAGAGCAGACCCGGUCCCGCAACCACACCGAGCUUUAACGCACCACUCGCUUUUGCAAAGUUUCGUUUAGUACAGACUUGUGUCAUGUGGCUCCUGGACUGGAUCUUCUCCAUCAAUACAGCUGUGGUGAAGUUAGCCAGCGGUCUCACGGGCAAACCAGAGCCUCAUGGUCGUGGGGAGCGCUCUCAGCCAGGCCAAGCAGACUCUCCGCUCCCAGAGCAGGACGAGGAGAUCCUGGGCUCUGAUGACGACGAGCAGGAGGACCCCAACGACUACUGCAGGGGUGGAUACCACCAUGUGAAGAUUGGAGAUCUGUUCCACGGGAGGUACCAUGUGAUCCGGAAGCUGGGCUGGGGGCACUUCUCCACCGUGUGGCUGGCCUGGGACAUCCAGGAGAAGCGCUUUGUGGCCAUGAAGGUUGUGAAAAGUGCUGAACAUUACACAGAGACGGCUCUGGAUGAGAUCAAGCUGCUCAAAUCUGUGAGAAACACAGAUCCCAGUGACCCCAGCAGAGAGAAAGUGGUGCAGCUUCUAGACGACUUCAAAAUCUCUGGAAUGAACGGCACUCAUGUGUGCAUGGUAUUUGAGGUGCUGGGCUACCACCUACUGAAGUGGAUCAUCAAGUCGAAUUAUCAAGGCCUGCCCCUCCCCUGUGUUAAAAGCAUCAUACAACAGGUUCUGCAGGGUUUAGACUACCUCCACACCAAGUGUAAGAUCAUCCACACAGACAUCAAGCCAGAGAACAUUCUACUGACCGUCAACGAUCCCUACAUCAAGAAAAUGGCCGCUGAAGCUACUCAGUGGCAGAAGACUGGCGCUGCACCUCCCUCGGGUUCUGCAGUGAGUACAGCCCCAGCACCCAAGCCAAUGGCCAAAAUGUCAAAGAACAAGAAGAAGAAGAUGAAGAAGAAGCAGAAGAAGCAGGCAGAGAUGCUGGAGAAGAGGAUCCAGGAGAUGGAGGGAGGAGCUAAUGAAGGAGAAGAAGAGGAGGAGGAGGAGGACGACGAGGAGACGACGACAGAGGCCGCCGAAGAUGCGACUUCGUCAGCCACCCUCUCCAUGUCUGCCACGCUGCAAGACAUCGCUAACCAUACUGUCACAGACCCGACUCCUGACGAGCAGCCCCAGCAGACACCCGAGGUCAAUGAACGGAGAGAGAAUGAGAGCGGAGCGGAGGUGAAAUGCAACGGUCACGCUUCCACACCGGAGGACGACACCAGUCCAGAGGUACAAGGGACCAAGCAGUCGACGGAGGAGCAGGAGGACCAACAGAACGCAAACCAGCCAGACAGCAACACAGAGACCCAGGACACGUUAAGUAACAAAGAAGAGCAUCAGAUCUGUAACGGUACACCCGGGGACGCCGACCUGCAGCAGCUCCCAGCCUCGCUCGGCCCAGACUCUGUCACGGUAGAGCUGAAGGAGGGAGACGAGGAGGACAAGAAGGGGGAGGAGAUGGACACUCAAGGUGAGACCAAACGAGGGGAGGAAGAAGAAGACAGCCAAGACGGAGCAUCAGGCAAUAUGUUAGUGAACCCCCUGGAGCCUCUUAACGCUGACAAGCUGCAGGUUAAGAUCGCUGACCUCGGCAAUGCCUGCUGGGUGAACAAACAUUUCACAGAUGACAUCCAGACGCGGCAGUAUCGUUCUCUUGAGGUGCUGACAGGAACCGGCUACAGCACACCGGCAGACAUCUGGAGCACAGCGUGCAUGGCCUUCGAGCUCGCCACCGGAGAUUAUCUGUUUGAACCCCACUCUGGAGAAGACUACUCCAGAGAUGAAGAUCACAUCGCGCUGAUCAUCGAGCUGCUAGGUAAAGUUCCCCGGAAGCUGAUCCUGGCAGGCAAAUACUCCAAGGAGUUUUUCACCAAGAAAGGCGAUCUGCGUCACAUCACCAAGCUGAAACCGUGGGGUCUGCUCGACGUGUUGGUAGAAAAGUACGAGUGGUCCAAAGACGAGGCGCACACCUUCAGCACCUUCCUGCUGCCCAUGCUGGACUUGGUGCCCGAAAGGAGGGCCACCGCGGCCCAGUGCCUCUCCCACCCGUGGCUCACGUCCUAGAGGCCGGCCGUGCACACCUCCACCCUCGUCUUGUGAAGGGAUAAAUUAGGUUUGAAGAUCCUGGGCUUGAAAACAUCCAAGUAAACAAACACGUUCAUGUCUGCAAGACCCUGUGACUGCAUCGUGCCUGCAUCCUCCCGUCGUGGCUCUCGGAGGCUUCCCACACACACUUUCACAGUAAAAAGAGAGAGAGACUGCUGCCGAGUCUUGGCCCUGGUUUGGAUUACACUGGUGACUUCCGAUAUUUAUGGCUCUUUUCUCUGGCUGUAUAGGACUUAUUGACCUCGCCCUCUUUUUUUCUCCUGACUCCAGCUCUUUCUGUGCAGCACAUUUCUUUCUGUAUUUUUAGCUAUAGAUAAUGGACUGAUGGUCAGAUUUAAAAGGUUGCACUUGUCUACAAAUGCAGAAAAGGGCAGGAUUAUAACAAACAUCCAACCUACAUACUGUUAUCAGUUAGGUCAUUAAUAAGCCAAAUCUGUCUUUGUUUGCCAGUCGUCUUGAUAGCCGUGCCAGCUUUUUAUGCCUUUGUGUGUCAUGUGUGCAAAGUGCUCAAUAAUAAGUGUGUAAUGCUAACAGCCCCGAUGAGAGACUAGUAACAUUCGUAGCACUCUUAAGUUAGCUUUUGUACAUUUGUAUACUGGCAGAACUACAUGAUUGGAACGCAUAAAGGAAAGGGACUCAUCACAAAUCGCACACUAUUUUUCAGGAAACCCAAACUGUUUCAGCAUCACCUGAUGUGUUCUUUUUAAAAAAGCACUUAAAUACACAAAAUAAUGUGGAAAAGAUUCCGAUGUUUCAUACCUGGAUCACUUUUUCAUUUUUGCUCCAUAUAAGGUAUCCCACAUUAACAGUCAAAGCAAACUUCAUGUGUGUGCACCAAAGAGUUGGCCUGUUUCGUCUCCCUCUCUGCUCUAUAUGUUGAAGGCACAAGGUUUGAGCAUUUUUGUUAACACUUUUUGGCGAUGCCUCGAGGAAUAUUCAGGUGAUAUCCAGUGAAACUAAAGGUGUCGAGUGUUUCCACUGCACACGGAGGUGUUGGAUUUGGGAAUAGAUUGUACUAAAAACAAACGCUGUAAUCAUGCUUUGACUCUUCUUAAAACCAUUUUGCUUGUUUUUUCUACAAAGUCUCUUCUCCUUCUGUCCACGUCUCCGCUCUUAAUCCGAUACGGUUUUUUUUCUGUAGGGUAAUAAAAAUAAACAUUUUUCAAAAUUUAACUAGA